UCUUUCUUUCUAGUGCAAUACAUGGACCCAUGUAACAAGACAAGAGUUUCAGAAUUUCUUCUUCUGGGAAUUUUAGAAGACAAAGACCUGCAACAUCUUACUUAUGGUCUUUUCCUCUCCAUGUACCUGGUCACUGUCUUUGGGAACAUGUUAAUUAUCCUGGCCAUCUUCUCAGACCUCCGUCUACACACGCCCAUGUACUUCUUCCUUUCCAACCUGUCUUUUGUGGAUAUUUGUUUCAUUUCAACUACUGUCCCAAAGGCGCUGGUGAACAUCCAGACCCAAAGCAAGGUCAUCACCUAUGCAGGAUGCAUCACCCAGAUAUAUUUUUUCCUGCUUUUUGUAGAACUGGACAAUUUCUUACUGACUAUCAUGGCCUAUGACCGUUACGUGGCCAUCUGUCACCCCAUGCACUACACGGUAAUCAUGAACUAUCAGCUCUGUGGAUUGCUGGUUCUAGUGUCUUGGAUUGUAAGUGUUCUGCAUGCCGUGUUUCAAGGCUUAAUGAUGCUGCAGCUGUCCUUUGGCACACAGCUGGAAAUCCCACACUACUUCUGUGAACCUAAUCAGGUGGUCCAGCUCACUUGUUCUGACUCUUUUCUUAAUGAGCUGGUGAUGUAUUUUACACUUGUGCUGUUGGCUACUGUUCCUCUUGCUGGUAUCUUCUAUUCUUACUCCAAGAUAGUGUCCUCCAUACGUGCAAUCUCCUCAGCUCAAGGGAAGUACAAAGCAUUCUCCACCUGUGCAUCUCACCUCUCGGUUGUCUCUUUAUUUUACUGCACAGGCCUAGGAGUUUACCUCAGUUCAGCUGCAAACCACAGCUCACAAGCAAGUUCAACAGCCUCGGUUUUGUACACUAUGGUCACCCCCAUGCUGAACCCCUUCAUCUACAGUCUUAGGAAUAAAGAUGUUAAGAGUGCCCUGAAAAAACUCUUUGGGAGGAAGUUAUAA